AUGCGGAUCACAUUGAUAGGAUUGUUGGCCAAUGUUGGGCUUACUGUGUCUAAGGGUAUUGCAGGAUGGGUUAUGAAUUCGGCUUCAUUACUUGCCGAUGCGGUGCAUUGUGGAAGUGACUUGUUGAGCGAUUUCGUUACACUUUAUACAUUUAAAAUGUCGCGAAAACCCCCAGAUGCUAUUUACCCUUAUGGUUACGGCAAGUACGAGACAAUGGGAUCCGUUACUGUGGCCUCGUUUCUGAUUGCUGGGGGUGUCGGUAUCGGCUUUCAUUCAUUCGAACUGUUAAUGUCCAUUAUCAACGCUUCGCCUGGUUUGCUACAUGAUGCUGCGGCUGCUACGACAGAUGCUGCAGCCACCACAGCAGCUACCACAGCCAAGGUUGGUCACGGUCAUCAUCAUGGUGGCGAUAUCUUGGACCCAAACGCUGCGUGGUUUGCAGGAAUAAGUGUCAUUGCAAAGGAAUGGCUUUAUAGAGCGACUAUCAAGGUCGGAAACUCGGAAAGAAGCGAAGUGUUGAUCGCUAAUGCAUGGCAUCAUCGAUCGGACGCUUAUUCCAGUGCCGUGGCGCUGGUUGCUAUUCUAGGCAGUUACGCCGGCAUUCCUGUACUUGAUCCGUUGGGAGGGAUUCUAGUUUCAGGCAUUGUACUGAUACAAGGCAGUGAUAUUCUUUCAUCUUCACUGAAAGAGUUGAUGGAUAAAGGCAUUGACAAGGAUAAUGUUGAUGCUAUAACCAAAGUGGUGAAUCAGGUCAAGGAUAAGGAAAGUGAUUUGAUUGAUUUCCACUCCAUACGGGGGAGAAACCAGGGGCCGUUUCAGCAUGUCGAUUUGAUCGUCCAAGUCGAUCCAUCCUUAUCCAUGGCGAAAGCACACCGGCUUGAAGAAGCGGUUCAGUCUGCCGUCAAAAAACAGUUCCCUGAAAUUCAACAAGUGCUUAUUUAUCUUGAUCCCAUUAGUCGAAAAAGACCAAAGACACAACCAUAA